GUGCUGAACAGGCUUCCUGUGCACGCUCGCUGCGCAUGACCUCGAGGCGGGAUGUUUUCACUUCUGUAUGGCUUCUUUGAGUACAUAUUCAGGAAGGACGAGUUUCAUGUACUCAUCUUGGGAUUAGACAAGGCAGGCAAAACAAAUGUGCUGGAACGGUUAAAGACGGUAUUCACCCAGUCCAUCGGCCUGGACCCUGGGAAAAUCCUACCCACCGUGGGCCUAAACGUGGGCCGCAUCGAGGCGCACAAGCACAAUCUCGUGUUCUGGGACCUUGGCGGCCAAAGCGGGCUGCGCUCGAUCUGGGACAAGUACUAUAGCGAGGCGCAUGCCGUCGUCUACGUGGUGGAUGCGGCGAACCGGAACCGCUUUGACGAGAGCAGGGCCGCGCUGGACCGCGUGUUGGAGAACCGCGAGCUGGUGGGGGCGCCGCUGCUAAUCAUGGCCAACAAGCAGGACCUGGAGGGGGCUGCCAACGCGCAGGAAGUGGGUCAAAUUUUCGAGGUGGAGCGCGCCCAUGCCCAGGGGAGGCAGUUCAAGGUGCUGCAGGUCAGCGCCUACACGGGCCAGGGGCUGAAGGACGGCGUGGAGUGGCUUGUGGAGACGAUCCGGAGGGGCCAAAGAGCGCAGCGCCUUAGAGUACGGCAGGCGAGCUGAGAGCCGGUGAGUGGGCGGCGCGUCAGUUGCUUGGCAGGGGUUCUGGGAACGUCUGGGGUCGCCGGCUGGCGUGUUAGCGCCGGGACAGGCAUGCAGGGCCGGGACUGGGUAAGCAUGUAUGGGGCCUGCAGGGCUGGGAGGGCACGGCUGACCGGCGUGUCCGGAUUCCGAGGGCAUAGCUGCGGUUGUGUGCGGUCCUGCGGGAGAAGGUUUGGGGCGGUUGGGGGUCCACCGCCGAAGUGAUCUGCGCCCACUGCUAUGUCGCGGCAGUGUGCGGCCCGGCUGUUGCGUCACUCAGGUAUUGCCGUGACCACAUGUUUCCGCUGUGCAGGCGCCGGCGCUCGCUUGGCGGCGGUCAUGGGGUGGCAGCAGCAGCAGCAGCAGAGCUGCCCGGCGUUACAGCAGCGUGGCAGUUGAGGCCAGCGGCCACGGACCACACUUGCCGCAGGGGUGCGCAUCAGCUUGAUCUGCGCUGUGCACAGGCAGCAGCAGGUGGCAGGAGCAACUGGUGCCAUAGCAAGCGGGGCUGUGUUGCCGCGCCGUCCGGCCUACCGCUCAAUGGCAGCGCGCAUGAGGCGGUGGGCAUGCGUGGCUGCGGUGCAGCCGCAGCUGUGGCGGCUGGUCGUGGAGUUUGCGGCGGUGGAGGGUGCUCAGGGCUGAUGACGGGGCCGGCAUGUGGCGGCCCCACCGCCAGCAUCAACCGCAGGAGCAUGAACUGGACAGCUGUGGAUUGCUGAGGCAGCAACGUAUGAUACGGUAAACCAUUAAACGCAUGGAUUACGGCAGGGCGGACUCGUGUGGUCCGUCCAUGCUCUUGGGGAUCUCCAGUGCCUUGUUGAGGCGGCUGGAGGGCGGGGCCAGCAGCGCAUGGGGUCGCUGGUGCCACGCAGAGGAAGAUGGGGUAGGGUGAGGCUGAAACAAAUGAAUGUGCCCGUGGGUAUGGCACGGUGCAGGAGGUUGGGGUGUCAACGUGUCAUGUUGCUUAGCACGCAUUUUCGGUGUACAGGGCGGCUGUCAGGUCGAGGUACCGAGCAGGUAGUUGUGAAACUGAAUGGUGGCGACACAGGAACUGCGGCACAGGGACAGCGCCCGUGUUUAGUGAGGGUGCUCAGGGCUGGACCUGUUUUGGCCCGCCCUGUCGCAGUGUGUGACGGCCAGCAGCGGGGCUCUGUAUUGCUGGGUUGUGCUGGAGCAUGAGCGGAUUCAGGGGCCGGCAUGUUGACAUUUGACAGGUGAGGCAUGUUGGCCGGCAACUGGCCAGCAAGGGCAUACUAGCAGGGUGAAGGGGUUCCCUCCUCGCUCGAUUGCUCAGCGUUGCAGCAUUUCAAUUGUGGGCUUGUGACGCCGGUCGCCCCGUGACCCGAUGAAUCUGCAUGGGCCUCAGAAUUAGGUUUGGGGCAAAGUAUAGCCAUUGGACGCUGCAACGCUCUCGGUGUGUCGGCGGGGUGGGACUGCUUGAGGCAUGAGGGGGCAGCCCUGGGCUGGGCGGCGGUGUGGUUUGACACGCUUGGCAGAUAGUCUGCAGGCAUUCACAAAUAAGUUACACACGUAAUUAACGCCACGGCAAUUAUGUCGAGAACGUAA